ACAUCACAGCAGCAACUACUUUCAGUUCAACCCUGAACGGCGUGUGAGAGAGCGAAAACCUCAAACCCAAAGAUGGUGAAGUUUCUGAAACCAAACAAGGCCGUUAUCGUUCUCCAAGGACGGUACGCCGGGAAGAAAGCCGUCAUCGUGAAGAAUUUCGACGACGGAACUCGUGACCGUGCUUACGGCCAUUGUCUUGUUGCAGGGAUCAAGAAGUAUCCAGCUAAGGUUAUCAAGAAGGAUUCAGCGAAGAAAACCGCGAAGAAAUCGCGUGUGAAGGCUUUCGUGAAACUCGUCAACUAUCAGCAUCUGAUGCCGACUCGUUACACUCUUGAUGUUGAUUUGAAGGAGGUUGUUACUACUGAUGUUCUUCAGAGUAAGGAUAAGAAGGUGACUGCUUUGAAGGAGGCGAAGAAGAGGUUCGAGGAGAGGUUUAAGACUGGAAAGAAUAGGUGGUUCUUUACCAAGCUCAGGUUUUGACCUGUUUGUUGGAAACUGUUUUGAUUUAUCAUGUUUUUAGUAUUUUUGAUAUUGAAUCUGAGACUAAUGUUUUAUUUUGUAUUUUGGAAAUUUAGUACUAUCAUGAGAAUUUAUAAUAUUGCUUUUUUGUUGAUUUAA